AUGUCCUGGUCGCAAAAAACCUUCCCCUUGCCCCCAAGCAAACGCGGCUCCUAUCUAAUCACCGACCAUGUCUUAUCCGAACUCCCCGAAAUCCGCGACUACAAGAUCGGCAUGCUGAACUUGUUUGUGCAGCACACGAGCUGUGCUCUUUCGCUGAAUGAGAACUGGGACGCUGAUGUCCGGGCUGAUAUGAGUGAUGCCCUUGAUCGCAUUGCUCCGUAUGAUCGGAAGGGGGAACUUUAUCGGCAUUCUGCCGAGGGCGAGGAUGAUAUGCCGGCUCAUAUUAAAUCUGCUCUCAUCGGCGCCUCUGUGAAUAUUCCUAUUACUGAUGGCCGUCUGGCGACCGGAACCUGGCAGGGAAUUUGGUACCUGGAAUUCCGCACGAGCCGUCAUGCGCGCAAGGUCGUCGCGACUAUUCAGGGUCAGAAGAUGUGA